AUGAUCCAGCGGCACCGGGAGCUGCGGCUCUGAGCGGCUCCGCUGCUUCUUCCCAUGGGCUCCGAGACGGAAUUUUGGGAUCUGCCCUCCACUCCAGCCAUGAGAAAAAGAGGAAAAGCGCCGGGAUCUCUCGUCAUGUGCCUUUCUGGUUGAAAACUGGGGGAAACCAAACAAACAAACAAACAAACAAAAAAAAAUAAAGAAAAACAAAAACAAAUCCCGCGGAUCCCGCAGGGCUGGGGGAGGACAAGGAGAAAUCAGCGCCGCUGGAAUUCCGAGCUCGCCUCCCGCUUCCCUGCGCGAGGCUGGAUGCUGGAAGCAGCCCCUUGGAUAUGGGAUCAUAUCUGGUGUAUCCCAGCCUGGGUUUGAUCCUCUGCUGCUCCGUGCUCAGCUCCGUUUACGCGCUGGUGGAUGCCGACGAUGUCAUCACCAAGGAGGAGCAGAUCUUCCUCCUGCUGAAGGCCAAGGCCAAGUGCGAGCGACACCUGAAAGCCAAGGUGCCCAAGGUGCACGAUGGCUUCUGCCUUCCAGAGUGGGAUGGCAUCGUGUGCUGGCCCGAGGGCGUGCCCGGCAAGGUGGUGGCCAUGCCAUGCCCCGAGUACAUCUACGACUUCAACCACAAAGGCCAUGCUUAUCGCCGGUGUGACCUGAACGGGAGCUGGGAGCUGGUCCCGGGCAACAACCGCACCUGGGCCAACUACAGCGAGUGUGCCAAGUUCCUCACCAACGAGACGAGGGAAAGGGAGGUCUUUGAUCGCCUCUAUUUGAUUUAUACUGUUGGAUACUCCAUCUCCCUGGGAUCCCUCACAGUUGCUGUCCUUAUCCUGGGAUACUUCAGACGUUUGCACUGCACUAGGAACUACAUCCACAUGCACCUGUUUGUGUCCUUCAUGCUGAGGGCUGUCAGCAUCUUCGUGAAGGAUGCGGUCCUGUACUCCGGGUCAGCCCUGGAGGAGAUGGAGAGGAUCUCCGAGGAGGACUUGAAAUCCAUCACAGAAGCACCUCCAGCGGAUAAAUCGCAGUUUGUGGGCUGUAAAGUGGCUGUCACCUUCUUCCUCUACUUCCUGGCGACCAAUUACUACUGGAUCCUGGUGGAAGGGCUCUAUCUCCACAGCCUCAUCUUCAUGGCAUUUUUCUCAGAGAAGAAAUAUCUUUGGGGAUUCACGUUAUUUGGCUGGGGACUCCCUGCUGUGUUUGUCACAGUGUGGGCCAGCGUCAGAGCCACUCUGGCCGACACAGAGUGUUGGGACUUGAGUGCUGGCAAUUUGAAGUGGAUUAUUCAGGUGCCCAUCCUGGCAGCUAUCGUGGUGAAUUUUAUUCUCUUUAUCAAUAUUAUCAGAGUCCUAGCAACCAAGCUGCGAGAGACAAAUGCAGGGAGGUGCGACUCGAGACAACAGUACAGGAAGCUGCUGAAAUCUACCCUCGUCCUUAUGCCUCUGUUUGGCGUUCACUAUAUUGUUUUCAUGGCUAUGCCAUACACAGACGUGUCAGGGAUUCUUUGGCAAGUUCAAAUGCACUAUGAAAUGCUGUUCAACUCUUUCCAGGGAUUUUUCGUUGCCAUCAUAUACUGUUUUUGCAAUGGAGAGGUCCAAGCAGAAAUAAAGAAGUCAUGGAGCAGAUGGACUUUAGCACUUGACUUUAAAAGGAAAGCCAGGAGUGGGAGCACAACCUACAGUUAUGGACCAAUGGUUUCCCACACCAGCAUCACAAACGUAGCCACAAGAGGAGCGCUCGCCCUCCACCUCAACACGAGACUUAUCCCAGGGACCCUCAACGGCCACCGGAAUUUGCCAGGCUAUGUGAAAAAUGGCUCCAUUUCAGAGAAUUCCAUGCCUUCCUCUGGGCCCGAGCAGUACAACAAAGAUGAGGAAUACCUGAACGGCUCCGGGCUUUAUGAUGGAGACAGACCCACGGUCCUUGUGGAGGAGGAGAGAGAGACGGUGAUGUAAAGACAGGAGGAGGGGGAAAAAAUAAAAAAAUAUUCAGCCAAAGGAUGAAAAAGGUUCCUGGAGAGCAUUUAGUGGGAAAAGACCAUCAGGCCACGCAGCGGAUUCCAAGGAUUUCCAUGCAGUUUCUCUAUUCUGUGGAAUGAGAGAUUAAGUUAUUUGGGAGAGAGAAAAAAAAGAAAAAAAAAAAAAGUGAGCCACAAACGUGGCCAGCGGGUGAUCCCAUCCAUGAAUUCCGUGAUCCCUGGAGGCAACAGAGCU